AUCGAUGACAACAAGCCAUGGCAGCCGCACGAGCCAGCUGCCUAGACACAUCAAGAAGAAGAAAACCCCGCCGUCAUACGUCACGUGGGCUUGUCUUCUUCCCACUCCCUGAUCGGCAGAGGCUCCAUUUUGUUUGAAUUAGGAGUUUGCGGUCACCGUAGUCAGCCAUCUAGGAUAUACCCCGUAACACGAGGAUUCAAGGUGUGUACGUUGCGAUUAAAACAACACACGGCUUUAGUUUUGAUUGUAUGGAUGUCAUUCGUCGUGUUUUCGUUACGUUAGCUGCGGUUAGCUCCAAACUAGGCCUUGUACUGGUUGCUUGUACAGCAGAUGUGAAUUCGGCCGUUGGCAGGGCCGUUACCCAUUAUCAUUGGUAAGAGGUCGGUUUUCAUUUCUGCCUACAAAAUAACGUUAUUCACUGUUACUGUGGUCUUUGUUGUAGAUAAACAGUGCAGUCAUGAGUGGAUGUCGUAUUUUCAUCGGCCGCCUGAGCCCGUCCGCCAGAGAGAAGGAUGUGGAGAGGUUCUUCAAGGGGUACGGCCGCAUCCGAGACAUCGACCUCAAGAGGGGCUUCGGCUUUGUGGUGAGUCCGUCUGAAUAAAAUCAUCGAAAUAUAGACAUCACCCAACCCCUGAAGUAAAUAUACUGCAGUUUACGUUGAGUGUGGGGUGUGAUUUGCCUCACAUUUGUACAGUAGAUAUCAUGGUUGUCCUACAAGGCCCACACAAUGUCUGUAACAAUGUGGUUACACAAUUUAAUACAAUUAGUGUCACACCUAUGCAGCUGGACCUGAGUUCACCUAUACCAUUGGUUACAUACUAAGUCAGGGGAUGGACAAUUCUUAAAAGCCCCUCAGGAUACUAGUAUAUGUGGUCUGUAUUUACAAUGGAUGAAUGUAUGAACACUAUGAAACAGAGUGGUGUUUGCAUACGAAUCCACUGACCUUUAAAAGGAUAACAGAUGAAAGAUGGGGGGGAACCAACAUACAAUUUACAUGCUUGAGAGAUGUAGCAGAUAUAGAAUGACUUCUGUUUGAAAAACUGCAGUUCCUCAAGUGUCCACUUGAGGACAGCUCAAAAAGUACCAUUCACAGCCUAUUCAAAAAAGCCCAUCUCUACAUUAAAAAUACACAACUUUACCUUGGUUACACUUGCUUAUUUUCAUAGUUAAGUUUUAAAGAUAGUAAGUUUACGAGUUUGGCAAAUUAGAGGCACAGUUAACUUGAUGACUGGCAGGCAAAGUGCACCAGCUAGCAAGGAUGUAGAGAUAGGCCUCAAAACUCAGCUUUAGAAACCAGUGGGUCAUAUCACUCGGGCUUCAAAAAUGUUUGAUUUAAUCCAUGUGGGAAAGACAUAAAAUUGAUGUAGUUUUUGUCUUCUGUUUGUUGUAGGAGUUUGAUGACCCUAGAGAUGCUGAAGAUGCUGUUUAUGAGCUUGACGGAAAAGAGUUGUGCAAUGAGAGGUAGGAGUUUCUACUGUGGUAGACACAACAAACCAAGAAGUACUCUUUCUUAAGAUUUUUUAAUUAAAUCCAUGCCUGUCACUACAGGGUUACCAUUGAGCAUGCACGGGUGCGCCUGCGUGGCGGCCGGGGCAGAGGUGGUGGAGGUGGAGGAGGACGGUUCUCUGAUCGUUAUGGCCGAGGAUCCCAGAACAGUCGGAGGUAAAACAUUUUUGAGCUGUAAAUCCUGCAAAGUGGCCACAAAGCCAUUAGAGGGAGAUACUGCCUCUGGAAACAAAACAGCAGCACACUUAAAUCAUCCCUGUUAACGUUUGACAAUAACCUUUGUUUUCUCAGCCGGAACCCCCCUCCAAUGCGCACUGAGAACCGCCUGAUCGUAGAGAACUUGUCCUCUCGUGUCAGCUGGCAGGUGAGCGUUGCUACAUGUUUGUGAUUGCUAUGAAAGCUUCCUAAAAUAACAGCUGUUAUGACCCCCAACAGUCUGUCUCCAACAGUAUACACAUACAGCUUGUUUUACAAAUCCACACUGCUAAAUAAAAAAGUCAAAGUAAUGAAUCAAAUUUGCUAAUAUAAAUGAGCAAUCCAAAUAAUACUAAUGUUUUGAGGCCCAAAUUUUUUCUGUGAAAAGCACAGCUCUUAAAAAUCUAACCUAACCCUCAGAGAGCAGUGACAACAAAACACUGAAUUUGUUCAUAUUUUCAAAUUUUAACCAAUUCUUCACCCCUUUAUUUGCCAGCCUGACUGUUGUGUCAUGUGGAAGAGCUCGCUUAUGGUGGAGUUAACCCCUUCUGGGUCCUUCUGUCUGGGUUGAGCCUGUGCUGUCAGCCAGUCUGUCCUACACCUAGUUGAUGCCUGCUGGUCAUGUGAGCGCUCGCUCCACACUAGAAGGCGCUGGCGGCCCCUUCGCUCGCUCGCAACGCCCCCUGUUGAAGGCAGGGGGGCGCCUGGUGUGUGGCUGAGGGCGAGAGAGAGGAAACAGAGAGUUGGCAGAAAGAAAGGAGAGGAAAGAGCGAGAGUCGAUGGUGAUGGCGUAUUGAUCGAUGGUUCGUUAAUUUGAGGGGCUUCGAUCGAUCGAUAUCCCCCCUCCCCUCCCCCUUCUGGUGUUCCCGCACAUCGUGAGAGAGAGAGAGUGUGAAUGCCUCCCAGGUACCCGUGGAUAGAAUCUGCUGUUAUGGUGGGCCCGUCCCAAAGGGUUCCGCUCUCAGGUAGUAGUUUCCUCUCUUCCACCCUGUUCACUCUCUUUACUGAGGCAGGGUGCCAAGACAGGGGCGGCUCCGGCGCUGAGCCCUGUGCUCCCCUUGUCAGGGAGGCUGCCAUGGGGCUCUUCGUGCCAAACGCUGCCCAGGAGGUGCCACUGCAGUCCAGUUCAUGCAGCUGGUGUUCAUGUCUCUAUAGUUGUAAUGAGCAGUGGGUCCAAGAAUCUCAAAGCUGUUUGUAACACUCAGCCUGUUCAGUCCUAGCUCAGUCUUUCAUAUUUGAUCAAUUUUUUCUGAACUGUUGUAAAUCUAUACUUUUCUGUAACACUUGUUUUGUUGAUUGAAAGGCUGAUGAAACAGUAUCAGAGGUUCCUGGACUCACCCUCCUUAUCUGCAGUAGCCUUUUUAGACCUCUCAAACAAUCUAACCAUCUCUCUUUUUGGGUAAAAUCAGUCCUGUCAAUGUCUGAGCCUGUGCUUAUGCCUCGAACCACUCCGUACAUUAACUGGUGUUUACAUGUGUAGGACCUGAAAGAUUUCAUGAGACAAGCUGGAGAGGUGACAUUUGCGGACGCACAUCGGCCCAAACUCAACGAAGGGUGAGGCUUCAUCUUUUCAUCAUGAAUGAGAAAAGAAAUAUAAAGGUGUGAAACAGUUCAGAGAUAAUCUGACUGGUCUCCUGUUUGUCUUUUUUUUUUUACAGGGUCGUUGAGUUUGCUGCUUACAGUGAUCUGAAAAAUGCCCUUGAGAAACUGUCUGGAAAGGAAAUCAAUGGCAGGAAAAUUAAGCUCAUUGAGGCAGCAAAGAAGAGGUGAGUAGUCUGCAGCAACGUCCAUUCAGAAAAAAAAAAUCAAUAUAUAUUACAAGAGUUUUAAAAAUGAAGGCUGCAAACAGAUGACGACUCACGUUUCAUUGGGAUUCAAAAUGUCAUUUGCAAGAAUCAAGACUUAAAACUAAAAAAUCAGUCCUCUGCCUCAGAUACUGUACGAAUACGGCACAGAUUAAACUUGUAGUGUAGUGAAAAUGGAGUUGUAAUUUUCAACAACCACCAACCUGUAUGUUUGUAACAUACAGGGGGAGUCUCAGCUUUUUGCAUAAUCUUUAAAGAUCGAAUGUUAACAUUUUAAGGUGUCUUCAUUAUCCUGAGGAGGAAAUUUGUUUAUUUGGGUCUUGCAUACCUGCAAAAACACUCAGGACUGUAAACUAGUCCACUGUAUUAUUUAGUAUUCAUCUAUAUUUGUUGUACUGUUGAGUUAAAACGUUUUUUUCUAUAUUUUUUAAUGUUUAUCUUACGUAAUUUGCUUUAUUUACUUUGUAUGUUAAUAAAAUGUUGAAUUUAUCCGUAGUUUCUUAAGUUUUUAGUACGGAUGCCUUAAAACUGGCAGAUUGAAAAAAAAUACCAAAAAAAAUCAUGAAAAUAAUCGAGCAAUAUUGUGCAUUAGAGCUGUGUCCAAUCACAGCAGCUUUUACAUGUAAUGAGCCUGGGCAAAGGUUUAGUUUACACCCUGCUCCCUUACCAUCAUGUGGAAUACACUCUAACACUUCAGCACUUUCACACUCCGGCACUUGACCACUUGCCUUGCACUUGAAACACCUAAUGCCUUUUCGCUCCAACUUGAUCUCUGUUUGUCCGGAGCUAAGUUUUCAGCCGUGUAGUGCUAUAUGUGGGUCUGAUAGAGUAGUAUUGUCUGGUCUCUGCUUGUUGUGAGCCCAUUAUUGGCCACAUAGCUGUUGAUCUGCUAUCAGGGAGUGAAAUAGUUGAACAGUGUAUUGAUUUUUUCUCACUGUACCUUGCAGCAGUGACUUUAGGAAGCCUUUCCCAGAUCAGUGCAGUUUGACUAUGAACGAGAGUUGACUUCUUAAAAUAGAUGCUUGUUUACCCCAAAGCACAGUUACUAAGAGGACAGACUGUCUUUGGAAACAUGAACACAAAGGACGGCAUUCUUGAUUACACUAUGUUCUUUUUCUUUAAUUUUCUUAGAAAUGUGGUUUUGAUUCAACCCUGAUGAUUUUGUUUCUUUUCUAUUUCCCAGGUCAAGGAGUCGUUCCCGCUCCGAGAGCUCCUCCCGCUCCCGGUCCCGAUCUCGUGGCCGCUCUCCAUCUCGCUCCCCCCGCCGCUCCCGCAGCCCUGCCAAGGCCAGCAACCGUUCCCGCUCCCGUAGCCGCUCCCCUGCUGGCGGCGCUUCCUCCCCGACCAACAAAUCAAAGGAGCCAGCCAAAAGGUCCUCCAAGACUAGCAAGUCAGCCACCCCGCCCUCCCCUCUGCCCGCUCAGAGAGCCUCGGUCUCUCGUUCACGUUCUCGCUCACGCUCUCGCUCACGUUCACGCUCACGUUCCCCUUCCACUGACAGCCAACGUUAAAAGCUGUGAUUAUCAACAGAAAUUCAAACAGGAAUCAGCUCUGAGCAGUUCAGACUGCAGCUCCAGUGACCCCUUUUAAACGCAGUUUCACUUAAGUAAUCUUCUCUUUCUCUCUGGGUCUCUGCUCUGAAUAUUUUCAAGUUUUAGACACUGUUUAACCAUACUGUGGUAUCCGUAUAAUUUGUCAUCAUUGUCGGGCAUUUCAGAAUUUGAUCAGAAAAAAAAACGGAAGGCAUAUUUAACACAGUGACACUGUCCAUGUUCUCCUCAGUUCCCAUCAAUUAGAUUUUGUUCACUCCUCCACUUCGAGUUCAUUCUGCCAACUAGACUGCUGGUCCAGUUCUGCUGCACCGUUGUCCUUCCUCACAGAGUCACCAAAGCACCCAUGUGAACCAGCCUCACUGUUAAAGGGUCUGCAGAGCUCGUCAUCUCUAUACUCCGAAAAGUUACAGGGGGAAUCUGUGUUAUUCAGGAGCACUAGGCUGCUUUUGAGAAUUAAACGACCACUUUCUUCACUUCUUUUUUGAUGUUUUUGCUCGUUUUUGCCAGUUAGCUUUUUUUAAUGAUUAUUAUAUCUGUUCUCAUGUCUUUUCCCAAAACCUUGAACCUCUUUUCUGGUAUUCUUUCGACCUACCACAGCCAGUGUUCGUCAUAUCUAUACCUUUCGAUGCUUGCAUGUGCUUUACUUUGAAGUAAAUUUAGACUCUUAAUCUUGUUAGGAAUAUCUUAUUAGUGCUUACAGAUCAAUUUCAAGCCACCAUUAUAACUGGCAUUGGCAGCUUCCGUGUAAAGGGCACUGUACAAUAAUGCACAUUCUUACUGCGGUUGAACAGCUACACAGUCAAUCUGUAAAUUUCAUGAACCUAACAUUUUCUUGCAGUUCAUGGUUGAGCUUUUAUUUUGAAAAGAGAUGUUAGAAAUUCUCUAUUUGGGAUAAGGUGGAGACUUUAUAGGAUGCAGUAUAUUCUGGCAUUGUAAUGUUCUUUUGUUAUGUUUAAGGGUUUUGUGUACAGCACUGCAGACUUUAGUUUUACAUGAGUGUGUUCUGUAAUUCCAAGUAUACCCGUCGGUGCUGUUACUGAUGUUACUGUGGUUUCAAUGAACGAGCAGACAAACGUUUUGGACAUUUUUGUACAUAAGGAUUUUAUUUUCAGUGAAAAACACAACAGACAUUUGUAUGGUGUAGGAAGACUAUGGAAGUAAACAAUAAAAACCAAUUUCAACUCGAUCA